CAGUUCUGACAUUUGUCAAUUAUUCAUAUCCAAUUAUCUGAAAUUUCCAAAUUAGUAUUAAAUUUCAAAACGUUAGAUUGUUCGAGUUUGAAUUUUAUAGGGUGAAGUUCUGCAUUGAUUUCGCGAAUCGGUGCUGCAAAAUUUUAAGGAAUAAUUCUUUCGGGUAAAAGACACAAAUAACCAAAAAUGGCCUUUGCAGGAUUGAAAAAACAAAUCAACAAAUGUAAUCAGUAUGUCACAGAAAAAAUGGGCGGUGCUGAGGGCACCAAACUGGAUUUGGAUUUCAUGGAUAUGGAAAGGAAAACCGAUGUGACAUACGAAUUGGUGGAGGAACUCCAAGUGAAAACGAAAGAAUUCCUUCAGCCAAAUCCUACAGCUAGAGCAAAAAUGGCAGCAGUAAAAGGCAUCAGUAAAUUAAGUGGACAGGCAAAAUCCAACACUUAUCCUCAACCUGAAGGGGUAUUAGGAGAUUGUAUGUUGCUUUACGGGAAAAAAUUAGGAGACGACAGCAUGUUUGGUCAAGCUCUAGUCGAGAUGGGUGAAUCCCUAAAACAGAUGGCAGAUGUGAAAUACUCACUUGAUGAUAAUAUCAAGCAGAACUUCUUGGAACCCUUACAUCACUUACAAACUAAGGAUCUUAAGGAAGUUAUGCAUCACAGAAAAAAACUGUCUGGACGAAGGCUAGAUUUUGAUUGUAAACGAAGAAGACAGGCGAAAGUUAAGUGCCAGUCCAGUCCUUCAAAAACGCAGGGACAUGGUGUUGGUUCCCAUAUUACAGAUGAAGAGAUUAAGACUGCUGAAGAUAAAUUUGCAGAAUCACUACACCUUGCUCAAAUGGGCAUGUUCAAUUUAUUAGAAAACGAUGUAGAACAAAUAUCUCAGUUAGCUACGUUUGCGGAAGGUCUUUUGGACUACCACAGCCAAUGUACAGAAAUUUUAAAGCAUCUUACUGAAACUCUACAAGAAAAGAGGGAAGAAGCAGCUGAGCGCCCAAAGGUUGAAUUCGUUCCGAAAUCAUUGACAGAUUUGAAUAUAGAAGGUGUCCUGGAUGGAGUAAAUGGUACACAUCAUAGCAAUCCAAAUUUGAACAUUCAACAUCAAAAUUCUUAUAAUAUUUCAAACAAUCAGUUCAAAAAACCUGCUAUACCUAAGUCAAUUCCCAAUCGUACACAUCUAGAUCCCUUCGACCCUUGGAGCUAUCCCCAAGCAUCUCCGUUGCCGUCUCCGAUGAAAUCUCCUGCAAGGACACCAAUGAUUAAACAGCCAUGUUGUACAGCACUGUACGACUUUGAUCCUGAAAAUCCUGGAGAACUCGGAUUCAAGGAAAAUGAUUCGAUCACUCUCCUAAACAAAAUAGAUGAGAAUUGGUUUGAGGGCAGUAUAAAUGGCCGUACAGGUUACUUCCCAGUGAAUUAUGUACGAGUAGAUGUGCCAUUACCAUGAGUUACGGGUUAAAUGUAAAAAAAAAUAAAACCCCCAGUAUAUAUUAUAAUUUCAACUCUGCAUGGCAUUGAAUGUUUGUUUCUAUUUAUAUUUGUACGUUGAGUUUUUCAACUGCACUCAGUGAAUUUUGCCAUAAUUGAAUGAGGAACAUUAGUGAUAAAAAAGCAUUUAAUAAUUUGAAAGUACUGAAAUUAUGCAAGACCUUCCUAGCAGAGUGAAAUGAUUUUGUAAAUGUUUGUAUAUAUUUAGUUUUGAAUUUUUAAUAUUAAUUCACAUUACCCAGUGUGCAGUUGAAUCAAUUAUUAUUUUAUUGAUAGUUUUUAGGUAAUCAAUGAAAUGAUUAUCAGUUAUAAGAAUUUCAAGUACAAGAUGCUUCAGUUGUAAAUAUUAUAUUACUGCUCAGUUAUUUUAAUUAUUAGUAGUUUGUUAGAACACAAUCUUCAAAUUAUGCUAUUGAUUAUGCAGUAAAUGUGAUACUUGGAAAAAAUCAUGUAAUAUUUUGGAAAAUAUGGCCGUUGAAAAAACCAAUAGCAUAAACUGAAUGUUGUGCAUGUUAAUGAUGUUACUCUACAAAUUGGGGAUAGUGUUAAAGAAAUCGUGAUCACUUGAAAUCCUAUUUUUGAAAAUUCACUGAGAAUAGAUCAAUUAUUUGGCAAUUUUAAUAUUAAUGAUAACUACAUGUUAAGCUAAGCUUUCAAUUGAGAGGAAAAAAUGAGAGAUGAAAACCAUUUAUUAUGGGUUUAUUCGAUAGAUAACAUGAUUUCAUCUUUGUACUGUGGUUUUGUUAUUUUAAAACUUUUUAUUGACUCGAUAAAUUUUUAUCACGACUAAUCAAUUUCUCUUUAGUAUAAAAAUAAUUUUGCAACUCCUAUUCAAUCAUGAUAUUAUUUGAAUUAAGAAUGAAGUAAGGAAAAUAUGCAGCAGCCUUCUUAUAUGUGGUUCUUUCAACAAACCAACUUAUAAAAACAGAAAAUAGCCAAAAAAUGUUAUUGCAUGACAUGGAAAUUCAAUGUUGAUAUAUGAAUUAAGAGAAUUUUUGUUGAUGUUUUAAUGUACAUUGUGAAUUUCUGCUGAAACUUUAUUGCAUUGUGAAUCAACAGCUUCAUAACAUUAUUGACAAAGUAUUUACUUGAUUACUUUAUAUUCCUGGAUGGUUUCAAAACUAUUGAUUGAAUUUGUUGUAAAUAGUGCUGUGACAUAUAUUACGCUACAAUUCAAGAAGUUGUAUGCCAAGAUAUGUGCUCUCUGCAGGUAUGACAUCGAUAAAGUUUCUGCUGGAAUAUGAACAAUUAAUUAAACGUUGUCAUUUGACAUGCUAUAGAUGUAUUUCUUAUAAUUGUGUAAAUUACCAGAUAGCAUUCAUAUGCAUUUUGCUUUAUAUUGAGUGAAAUUUUAUGUGAAAAUGACUAAGAUACACAUUUCAAUUCUCUUCCGAGGCAUUUGCAGAUUUCUGGUUGAUUUUCAUGUCCUGAUGGAUCUUUCUCAUUAUUUUUCAUUUUAACCUAUAUAUCGAACUGGUUCCUUUCAAAGCUGAAGUAACUAUACACUUCUUCUGGAGUCUCUGUCAAUUAGAGUUUGAAGCACUUUUCGAUAAUAAAGUUUUUGUCAUUAGAAAUUAGCGUUUAUCAACUAUAUUACAGAAUCCGAUCCGUAAUUUUAAUGUUUUGCCUUCAAGUGAACUUGACUUAUUUAUCGAAAUGCGCGUCAAUAGUUGAUUAAAAAAUCCCAAGGAUAAGAAUGUGGUUAUUUCAGUUUUCACGUAUAGUACAGAUCCUACAGAGAACCCGAAUUAUUUGAUGAAUUUGUUUUGGUUAUGUUGCUUGAGGCCCAUCUCAGUAUAGAGCAAAUUGAUCAUAUUAAUAUAUUUAAUGUCUGGUUCAUGACAAUACAUUAGAAUUAACGUUGAAUAAGUAUAACCAAUUAAGAUAUUGUUAUAAGGUUAUAAUAAAUUCUUAACAUCCAGCCAGACUAGAAUAUCAGAAUCAGUCGAAAAGAAUUUGUAAUUUGUUCCAGUUGUUUCAAGUUUGGGAAUCAAAGGGACUGGAUAUCAGUUGGGGAAGAAAUUCUCAUUUCAGAUUCUAUUUAACUAGUAUUCUUCAUAAAGUAGGUAUAUCGGAGUGGAAUUUGCAGCUCCUAAAGAUGAAAUAUAGAAUUUAUACUCUAUAAUCUAUUAUAAUUUCAUCCUAAAUACAGAUCUCUGAAUCACAAUAUGCGUUGCAAUAAAUUGUUCAACUAAAGAUAUACCAUCGGUAAUUAGACUAUAACUCUUAUUUCUUAAAAACCAAAAUUAAUGUCGUUUAUUGCACUUUCAAGACAAAUAGAAGUAUUUUGUUAUUAUUUGCCAUAUUUUUUUAAAUGUAGCAUGUUACCAAGCCAAAAUAUUGUUAAUACACAUGUAUACAAUUUGAAUGUUACCGUAUUUGUGCAUUAAUAAAAAAUGUGUCACAUCUA